UGAGUGCAUUGAUGAUUUAAGACAAUGUCAAGCAGAAGAGCACAGACACAACACAAACACACCUAGAAUCUAAUCCCAAUAUCAUUAUUAACCUCAUAAACGUUAUGACGGAAGCACGGGCGAAUGGUGUUGUGCAAAAUAGCCAGUAGAUGUCACAAUUUCCUUCCAACUAAACUCCCUUGUAACACUUGUGACAGUGAUUUGAGUGAGAGAGUCUUUUCGUGAAAGAUGAUCUCAAAUCAGUGGGACAUUCCCACGCACACGAGGAGAGUGCUGGAGGAAAAACUGCUCAGAGCAGAUCAGCGUUUAAAGCUGCGGCAGCUGCUGCAAUAAAUAGAGAUCUGCGGAAUGGCGGAUCUGAGAUGGAGUCUCCUGACUGUGACCUGUGUGGUUAACAUGGCCUCGGCAGAAAUGUUCACAUCGCUGCUGAACGGUCAGCAGGUAAUCAGAGUUGAAGAGAAACUGGUGCACCACCUGAGGACAUACAUAGACCAGGAGCUUCAGAGACUGGAGGACAUCAGACGCUUUUACACCAAAGUGUCCGACCUGCACACUGAACUGUACGAGGACGCGGGCACAUCAUUGACGAACCCUCUGGUCUCUUUCACUCUGAUCAAACGACUGCAUUCAGAGUGGCCCAACAUCAUCUACAGCAACGAAGCCCUGGAAAACACACAGGCUCUCAGGUCCAGUUACGAGGAGGACAAAGCUGAACUGCCCAAACUAGAAGACCUCCAGGGGGCCGCCAAGGGGCUCAUGAGGCUGCAGGAUGUGUACGCUCUUCAGGUUGAGAGCCUCGUAAAGGGUCGUUUCCAGACAGUGACCAAUGGGAAACUCACAGAUAUCUACAUUCCUGGAGUUUUAGUCCCACUGUCUGGCGAUGACUGCUUCCUGGUUGGAAAGGUGGCCUACGAGCAGGAGGACUACUACCACUCAGUGCAGUGGUUGGAGGAGUCGGUGCACCUCUUCAGAGGGGCAGGAGGAGAGUGGAGGCCUGAGAAUGAGGGGACUUUGGAGGAUGUUCUGGACCACCUGGCUUUCUCUCAUUUUAAAACAGGAAACGUGUCCAACGCUCUAAGUCUCUCCCAGGAGUUACUGCUUUAUGAUCCGAUGAAUGUUAGAGUUCUGCAGAAUAUUAAGAAAUAUAAGAAGCUACUGGUGGGUUCAUCAAGCCGCUGGAACAAAGUGCCAAAGAGACCGACCUCCAGUCAUUUACAAACAAGAGACACAUAUGAGAGACUCUGUCAGACCCAAGGUUCACAGCCAAUGCAUUUUAAAAACCCCAGACUCUACUGUGACUAUUUCACUAACAACAACCCUGGGCUGUUGCUGCUGCCAGCCAGACGUGAGGUGAUGAGCCUGCAGCCGUACGUCGUCCUCUUCCAUGACUUCAUCACUGAUUCAGAGGCUCAACACAUCAAGACGAUUGCCAGGCCUGGACUGAACAGGUCUGUGGUGGCAGCUGGAGAAAAACAAGCAACAGCAGAUUAUCGCAUCAGCAAAAGUGCAUGGAUAAAAAAUACAGCGCACCCUACCAUCCAGAGGAUGGACCAGCGGAUUGCUAUGCUCACAGGUUUAAAUGUGGACCAUCCAUAUGCCGAGUAUCUCCAGGUGGUGAACUAUGGGAUUGGUGGUCAUUAUGAACCUCACUUUGACCAUGCCACAUCUUCUUCUAGUCCCGUGUUCAGUUUGAAGACUGGAAAUCGAAUGGCCACCUUCAUGAUUUAUCUCAGCUCUGUCCAGGCAGGUGGGUCAACUGCCUUCAUUUACGCCAACUUCAGUGCUCCUGUGGUUGAAAAUGCUGCCAUCUUCUGGUGGAAUCUCCACAGAAAUGGUAAAGGAGAUGAAGACACUCUGCAUGCCGGGUGCCCUGUGCUGAUUGGAGACAAAUGGGUGGCGAACAAAUGGAUUCAUGAGCAAGGUCAAGAGUUCCAUCAUCCCUGCAGCCUUAAUCCUGACAAGUGAGAGGGUGUUGAAUGCAUUUGUUGGGUUCCUUAGAGUAAAAUCACAUCAAGAGGCAGCUAAAAUGUGAACGUACACAGGCAAAGGAAGUGGGAAGGAGGAGCCUGCAUCUGUGAUUGGAGCCACAGGGCCUGAAGCAAACAGCCUGCUGUCUGCUGCAGAAGACGAACAACGCCCACAGGCGAUAAUAGGUCCCAGAGCGGAAGAGCUUUUCUUACAGAGAGGACUUGUCUUCGUACACUUAGACGGUUGGAGUUCAAUGAUCAGGGCUUUUCCCUGUGCUGGCUCGUUUCUACAGUACUGUGGCUGCAACUGUCUGGGGCUAAGACAUUUACAGCUGUAAGGUCAGCGCAGCUGAACUGUGAUGAAAUUUGGAAGUUUGGAACGAGUUUUGAAAGACAACAUGUGUAUUUGUACAACAGUGCAUAACAUGUAUGUUGUU